CUGCCGGCGCGAACAUUUCCUGCCGGCGGGGCCCCGCUGCCCUCCGCUUCGCUCCUCCCAGCUGGCCCGCUCGGGCACCGCAGCAGCCUGCGCCUCCCCCGCCCCGGCUCCUCUCGGCGUCACCCUCCUGCCUGGAAGAUGGCGCUGGGCGGCCAGAGUUUAGCAGAAUUAGAAGUUCUUUGUAAACAGCUAUAUGAGGGCACAGAUUUAGCCCAGAGAAUACAAGCAGAAAAAGUUCUUUUGGAGCUUAUUAACAGCCCUGAAUGUCUCAGUCAGUGCCAACUUUUACUGGAACAAGGAACGACAUCCUACGCGCAAUUGUUGGCGGCAACAUGUCUUUCAAAACUUGUAUGCAAAACCACCCCUUUACCUAUUCAACAAAGAAUGGACAUCAGAAACUAUAUACUAAAUUAUAUUGCAUCUCGACCAAAAUUGGCCCUUUUUGUGAUUCAGGCUCUUGUUCAAGUAAUUGCAAAGAUCACAAAAUUAGGAUGGUUUGAAGUUCAGAAAGACCAGUUGGUUUUUAGAGACAUUAUUGCUGAUGUUAAAAAGUUUUUACAGGGGACCGUGGAUCACUGCAUAAUAGGAGUAAUGAUUCUUUCAGAACUAACUCAGGAAAUGAAUUUUAUUGAUUAUUCAAGACCUUCAUCAAAACAUCGUAGAAUUGCCAUCUCUUUCCGUGAUACCACGCUAAAAGAAAUUUUGAUGUUGGCAUGCUCACUGCUGAAAGAGAUAUUGGCAAAACCAUUAAAUCUUCAAGAUCAACAACAACAAAAUUUAGCAAUACAUCUUCUGAAGCUUGUCCUCAAUUGUCUUAACUAUGACUUCAUUGGUAGUUCAGCAGAUGAAUCUGCAGAUGAUUUGUGUACUGUACAAAUUCCAACAAACUGGAGAUCAAUUUUCCUGGAACCAGAGACUUUGGAUCUCUUUUUUGACCUGUAUCAUUCCCUCCCUUCAAUGCUGUCUCAGUUAGCACUUUCCUGUUUAGUUCAGUUUGCUUCUACAAGACGAUCCCUAUUUAGCAAUCCAGAACGUGCCAAGUAUCUUGGUAAUCUAAUUAAAGGAGUAAAAAGAAUACUUGAAAAUCCUCAGGGCUUAUCAGAUCCUGGUAACUAUCAUGAAUUCUGUCGAUUUUUGGCUCGAUUGAAAACCAAUUAUCAACUUGGAGAAUUAGUAGUUGUGAAAGAUUAUCCAGAAGUUAUUAGACUGAUAGCAAGUUUCACUAUUACUAGUUUACAGCACUGGGAAUUUGCACCAAACAGCGUUCAUUACUUGCUAACCCUUUGGCAAAGAAUGGUUGCUUCAGUUCCUUUUGUGAAAUCAUCAGAACCCCAUCUCUUAGAUACCUAUGCACCUGAAAUCACAAAGGCAUACAUUACUUCUAGACUGGAAUCUGUUUCCAUGGUUAUAAGGGAAGGUUUGGAUGAUCCCUUGGAUGAUACAGCCACAGUAUUUCAGCAAUUAGAACAGCUAUGUACAGUUAGUAGAUGUGAAUACGAAAAGACUUGUGCUCUUCUUGUACAGUUGUUUGACCAAAAUGCUCAAAACUAUCAGAAGUUGUUGCAGUCAUCUAGUAGAAAUUCUCUGGCAAUCUCAAUUCAAGAAGGACGUUUGGCAUGGCUUGUCUACCUUGUUGGAACUGUUGUAGGAGGAAGAUUAACUUAUACCAGUACAGAUGAACAUGAUGCAAUGGAUGGUGAAUUAUCCUGUCGAGUCUUUCAACUGAUUUCCUUGAUGGAUGCCCAGUUACCACGUUCUAGCAAUGAGAAAGUAGAACUUGCAAUACUCUGGUUUUUGGAUCAGUUCCGUAAAACAUAUGUAGGAGAUCAACUUCAACGCACAUCAAAAGUUUAUGCUCGAAUGUCUGAAGUCUUGGGAAUAACUGAUGACAAUCAAGUUUUAGAAACAUUUAUGUCAAAAAUUGUUACAAACCUUAAAUAUUGGGGGACAUGUGAGCCUGUGAUUUCAAGAACACUUCAGUUUUUAAAUGAUCUUUCUGUUGGUUAUAUCCUUUUAAAAAAGCUUGUGAAAAUAGAUGCUGUGAAGUUCAUGCUACAAAAUCAUACGAGUAAACACUUUCCAUUCUUGGGUGUCAAUGAUAAUUAUGGUUUGACCGAUCUUAGAUGCAGAACAACCUUCUAUACUGCUCUUACACGUCUCCUCAUGGUAGAUUUAGGAGAAGAUGAGGAUGAGUUUGAAAACUUCAUGCUUCCCCUGACAGUUUCAUUUGAAACCUUAGCCCAGAUAUUUAACAAUAGCUUUAAGCAAGAGGAAGCAAAGCGUAUGUUGAUCGGACUGGCAAGAGAUCUUCGAGGGAUUGCUUUUGCUCUGAACACAAAGACCAGCUACACCAUGCUGUUUGACUGGAUGUAUCCUUAUUACACUAUGACAAUACCAGUUCUGUGCACAGAGGGAUACCACGUCCUUUGCAUUCGUUUAAUAGCAUGGCACAGUGGGGAAGAGGAAACAAAGCUAAACGAACUAAUAUCUGUUGAACUUUGGUAUCGCGAACCAGCUUGUACAACUCCAAUCUUGAAGCUUAUGGCUGAGAUGAUGCAAAACAGAUCUCAGCGUUUAAAUUUUGAUGUUUCAUCUCCUAAUGGGAUUCUCCUCUUCAGGGAAGCUAGUAAGAUGAUUUGCACUUAUGGUAAUCAGAUCCUAUCUCUUGGGACUUUGUCAAAGGAUCAGAUUUAUCCAUUGAAACUCAAGGGUAUUUCCAUCUGUUACUCUGCACUCAAAUCUGCCUUAUGUGGAAAUUAUGUCAGCUUUGGCGUCUUCAAGUUGUAUGGGGACAACCACUUUGACAAUGUACUUCAGGCCUUUGUCAAAAUGCUGCUUUCAGUAUCCCACAGUGACUUGCUACAAUAUAGAAAAUUAAGUCAAUCUUACUACCCACUUUUGGAGUGUCUAGCUCAGGAUCACAUGAGUUUCAUCACCAGCUUAGAGCCACAUGUAUUAAUGUAUAUAUUUACAUCAAUAUCUGAAGGAUUAACUGCUCUUGAUACGAUUGUCUCCUCUAGCUGUUGUGCAAGUUUGGACUACAUUGUUACUUAUCUCUUCAAGCACAUAGCAAAAGAAGAAAAGAAACCCCUGAGAAUCAGGGAGAUUUCCCAAGACGGGCAAAGAUUACUGCAUUUCAUGCAGCAAAACUCUGAGGUGCUGCAGCAGAUGAUGUCCAUCCUUAUGAACACUAUAAUUUUUGAGGAUUGUAGAAAUCAGUGGUCUGUAUCAAGACCACUCUUGGGUCUCAUACUCCUCAAUGGAAAAUACUUCAGUGAAUUAAGGGCAAGUUUGAUAAACAGCCAGCCUUCUGAAAAGCAAGAGUUCCUUCAUCAGUGCUUUAGAAACCUAAUGGAAGGAGUCGAGCAAAACCUGCUGGUAAAAAACAGAGACAGGUUCACCCAGAAUAUGUCCAUCUUCCGCAAAGAUAUGGCUGACACCUUGCGUUGUGAGGGUGUAUCAGAAUCAAGCAGUACAGAAAUGAUGAGCUGAUGCAGAGCUGGAAAUAUGUUUAAAUAAUAAUGAACAAACCUUGAAGUUGGGCAUCAUUCUAUAUUGCUGGAUAGAUUUUGAUUUUCAUAAAAAAUAUUUUUUAAAAACUGCCUUUUUGUAUCUUGGGCAUAAAUGUAAGGAUUCGUAACACUGGAAACAAUCUAAACUCUAAUGUGACAUAAAGAACCAUGUUGCAUUUCCUUAUCCAGAUUUCUAACUCUUUUUCAUAGUUACAUGGUGCAGAAACAUAAAUUAACCAAAGAACAAAAUAAUAUAUGUAUUUCUCUCCUUUGAAACUGUAGCUGUUGAGAUUUUCAUUUCCAAAAUCCAAUUAAUGCAGUUUCCCAAAAUUUCUUUGAAGGGCAGUGAUGAUAUCAUCCAUUUCUCUCAUACUUUUAUUCAAGCCUUCGGAAUGACUGGAAGGAUAAUUUUGCAACUAGCUGACUAUGUGUACCCUCUUUUUUUUAAAAAAAAAUGUUCAUCUUAAACACAUUGUCAAUAAGAAAAAUACUAACAGAAAAAAUUUCUUGGCCUAAAUAAAAGUAAAUGUGCUGAAAUUGGUACUUUAUAAAACUUACAAAUGGGAAUACAUUUCUUUAGUAGAAUAUUAAUAAAAUGAUGUUUCACACGCAUGAAUCUCAGAUAUUUCAUUCUCAGAAAAAUGUCGUAUGUGUUUUAAAUGGUAAAACAUUGUAUGAACUGGCUGUAAAUUAUUUUCUACUGUAAACAGCUACCCAAUAAGCAUGUAAC